GUAAUUUUCAGGUGGUGGAAAAUCUCACUUAGGAAUGAAUUUCGUGAAUCAAGACCUGGAGAAAUUAAAGAAUCCCGGCAGGAUUUUUUGGAUGAUUCAUCUCUUCAUAUUCAGAUUGCUAUAGUGUUUGGUGCCAAAGUUCUGGAACACGUCCUCAAUCUGUGCCGAGGUAACUAUGACUUCCUGGAACAGCUUCCUGUCCCGCUGCUCCUGUACAUCAUUUCCUUUCUGGAGCUUGAAGAUAUUGCCAGGCUUUCUCAAGUUUCACGCAGAUUUGAAAUG